GCAGUGGAGCUUUGGCUCCUGAUUUGCGCUCGGCGCUGUCAGUCAGGAGCGCUCAGCGAGGCGGGCGGUUCGCUGAUGCUGCUGAGGGGAGCGCGGUCUCUCCCCCUCAGCAGGCCGCUGUUGUGGGGUUAUAAAUCUUCCGCGUUUUUUAAGUAGAGCGUAACUGCUAGUGAAGUUAAGAGGCGAGGGAGGUCCGAUGACGGCAAAAGGAAACCUCCCUGCGGCAGCGGGAUCCGUCGUUGUCCCUUACGGACAUGUGGUUGGGAAUGAGAAGUGGAGGGGGUCCGAGAUAGCCCGCAGGCUGCAAGGGAAAACUAAACUCAUCUUUGAAGACGGCUUGGGACUGGUGGAUUUUCAUCUUUCAAACAGAGUAUGCGUUUUAUAUAUUUCUGAAGCAGAUUUGGUUGCAGGGGAUGAAUUCAAGCGGAGAUUGGUUCGGUUUAGGAAUGCCAGCAGCCUUGGUGGAAUUGUGAUUGUUGAGAAGACUCCAAUAAGCGAGCAGUACUUCUCAGCAGUGCAAAAGCUCGUUGUGCUGCAGCUUGGAAUGGUGUUGCUUCCUGUGGCAAAUCAAGAAGAAGCUUCUCAACUUAUUACUCAACUUGUCCGUGAACAAAGUAAGGAUCACAGCAGUAACCCCUUUCUGCGUAAACAAUGCUCACAGCUGGCUGAGGCGUCAGUGUUUCGGACAGUGCAACAAAUCCCAGGAGUUGGGAAAACGAAAGCUCUGCUUCUACUGCAACACUUUGGAAGCAUCCACCAGAUUUGUAAUGCAUCUGUCAAAGAGCUCGAGCCAAUAGUUGGACAAACGGUGGCACAACAAAUUCACACAUUUUUGGGUUCCUGACUUGUGUGCUGUGCUGUUCUUGAAAAACAGGCUCCUUCUGUUUCUUGUGAAUUCUAAAGUUUUGUUUUUAAUGAUAACUUACUGUGGUAAUUGCUAUAAUCUUGGUAACAACUAGAGGGUGCUGAGUAAUCACCUAGUUUACUCUCCUCUUUAUAGCUGCUCUCGUCAUUCUACAUAAACUUGUACCAUCCUCCUUAGAACUAGGCUCUGUUUUGUAGAAAUUUCAGAUGAAGGUAAUUCUGUCGUACUGCCUUGGGAUUUACUGUCACCAUUACAUAAGUAACAGAUAAGUUAAGAGAUCAGUUCACACAACUGGUGUUAGUACAUUUUUUAGGGCCUUUUAAAUCAAAUGUUUUUGCACUAACUGCUGACAAACACAGCUGAGUACAAUGAUUACUUCAUGCACAACCAGCAAGGCAAUGCAGCACUUGGUGCCAGCUACUGCAGCUUGCUUUGGCUGUUUAUUUCCACAUGUCUGUGUAUGAUGGGCUUCUCAAACAUCUCUUGAUGUUUAGUGCUACUGGCACACAUCUUUGACUACACUAACUUGUUUCCCUGGUUCCUUUUUCACUCCCCAGGAUGUAACCAACUUAUUCCUUUGUAUCAAAUUAACCAAGAUUUUAGGUAUUAAUAUGCUCUUGUAUAUAGGUUGGGAGGGUUAAUUAUGACAUUAAAUAUAGCAACUACCAUGUAUUAAUCGUAAUUACAAGUUGUGAAGAAAAUACAUUGGGAAGCUUUGAUCAUUAUUUAUCUUGUGCUUCCAGUAUUAAUGUUCUCUGGAGUUGCUAUGGAGUGGUCUUCCUGACAUGUUGCAUUUUAUUUUAAAUGACAUCUCAUCUAGUCAUUGUUAUUGUUGUUACGCAUCCAUAAAGGAGGUGUUACAAGUUCCCUUCCUAUUUCUUGGGUUUUGGAUUACAGCAGGAAGGCAGUUGAGCAGAAUUUUCAGUUCCUGUUCAUGAAGAGAACCUCUGUAACCAGCUUAAUCAUCCAGGAGCUAGUGUGAGCAGCAGACAGAUUUGUUAGUUACACUGAUUCCUUCCUUGGGACGAAAAUACAGUUACAAGAUGGCUUUUCAUUAUUUCAUUUACUGAUAGUAAACAUCAGAAUUUCCAGAACUAGAAAACAAGAUAUUGUUUUCUCACUAGGGAAUACUUAAGCUUCAUUAUAAAUGUUUUAGUUUUUCUCUGUCACUGGUCACUGACGCGUUGCUAUGGAGACUGGGUUUCACACCCAAAACGAACGUGGCUACUGAUACUGCAAGGCAAACACCAAAGUACAUCUUGUACUGCUUCCAAUGAGCACCUGCUCAGUGCACCAAAUGCAUUUCAACUGAAGUAGUAAAAACUAGUACUAAUAAAGUUAAAGGCUGAACUAUUAA